GAUAACGGUAACUUCUAUUAGUGGAGCAUUGGAUUCAUGAUUUUAAACAUGCAUAUAGGAUAAAAAGAGUGAGCUCAAUGUUAAAAUCGUAUGUUACGGACAUCUGCCUCUAAUAAGUAAAUAAACACUGUUAUCACGCAUUGCUUGUGGUGCAAGUGUGACGUAACUACAUUACAAUAACGUUAUACUCAGAGGCCUUCACUAGAGAUGACGCUGCAAUGGACUGUUGUGGCCCUCUUUCUCUAUGUGGAGAUGGGCAUUCUUGUCAUCCUCUGUUUACCCUUUAUCUCAGCCAGGAGGUGGCAGAGUAUUUUCCAGCUGAGGAUCUGGAGCUGUGUGUCGAGGUUCUGGAACAAAGUGUUUCUCACAAUGAUCAUAAUACUCAUUGUUCUCUUCCUUGAUGCAGUGCGUGAGGUGAGGAAAUAUUCAGCUAAGGAACUCGGCACAGAUGUCAAGCUGCAACCGAACAUGUUUGAUCACCUGCACAUGAAGCUUUUCAGAGCCCAGAGGAACCUCUACAUCUCCGGCUUUGCUGUCUUCCUCUGGCUGGUUAUGAAGCGAGUGGUCACCUUGAUUAACCAACUGGCAUCGGUGUCUGGCAGCACGGCUGCUCUUCAGGUGCAGGCUGAUCAUGCAAACCAGGCUGCCAAGAAAUACAUGGAGGACAAUGAGCUGCUGAAAAAGACUCUGAUGGAAGGGAAGGGUGAUAAGGCGACCGCAGAGGGCAUGGAGCUGUUGAGUAAAGAAGUGGAGAAACUGAAAGAAGAGCUGAAGACCUCAGUCGAUGCUCUGAAGAACUCCCAGUCACACGCAGAUGUGAUGAAGAAGCAGACGGACAGCCUCGCCAGGGAGUACGACAGACUGCUGAAAGAACAUCAGGAGCUCCAGAAUAUUCAUGAUGGUGGAAACAAAAAGGACGACUAGUUAUUGUAAAAUCCAUAAAGUUUGAAGUGUUUACACAAAACCAUAUCACGAGAGAGGCACCGCAACACCUGCUUUACCUUCAUACAACACCUCUCGCAGUCUCUAAUCAUACAAACAGGACUGGCUCCUUUUAAAGUAAAGACUUUCGCUGAUAUAAGUAAUGGUUUCAAAGCAUGGAGUUGAGUUUUUUGUUUUUUAUUAGGUCAUCAGACUGGCCUGGCGCAGUGUGCAUUAGGGGAUUGCUUUUUCCAAUGCAUACUCUGUUAGGCAGAUUAAUUGUGCGAGGGAAUUGGAAAGCUUAGCUAGUAAUGGACCCAGGUCUGAUCACAGAGCACCUAAUGCGCUGAAGAAGUGUGCUACAAGGGUGGAUGUUGUUUCAUGGUUUGUGUCUUUUAGAGUUGUAGCCAAGGGCACAGUGUCUCACAGUGUAGAGUGCAGGAUUUGUUGAAAGAGAGAGCAGUGACAGCUAUGAAUGUAUUUUGAUACUGAGGGUUUGUUUCUGUAGCACUGACACCUGUCGCACCCACUUUGGAAAAACAGUAAGUGACGGUAUGUAAAUUCAGUCUGCUUGCAUCGCUGUGCAAAUAUAUAUUUUGCAUGCACCGUCGCACGUCACACGAUUUUUGUUGUAUUCCAGCUGAUGCUCUGUACUUUUAAACCCAAGUAGUGGCGUGUAGGUUAAUGGGUUGGAGAUUUCCAACAUCCAGUUUUGUUUUUCUUUUGGUUUCCUCCCUAAUUUGAAUUUUGUAAAUGUUGAGGAAAAUCUGAUGUAAUGGAUGUGUGGAUGAAACCGAAUAUCUGUAGGGAUAGAACAUUUGAUUCAACCACUUAUGAUCUAACUAGAGGUUUAAAUGUCUUAACUAAAAACGUUAACGGUCCAAAUUGUAUAUUUUCUGCACUGUUUUUUUUCACUUGUUUUUAAUUUUUGGUUUAGUGCGAGAGUUGCACCGGGGGGGGGGGGGGGGUGUACUGUGUGCGUCGUGAAAAGGGGCCGUGUAGUUUUUGUUAUAUUUCCGUUAUCCAGACAGAGCCACGACCAGAUGCUUCAAUGUCCCCCAAUGUUUUAUGAUAAAUAAAUAGGUUAUUGGGUUUACCAAAGUUAAAAUUCAGGUCCUAAAAAUUGCAAAAAUGUUGUUUUCUGAAACUACUUUUGAAGACACAAAUCAGAUGCAAGUGCCUUUUUAGGUGGAUGUACACUUUGUUGAAUAAAGAUACAUUUCUUUA